CCAGGUCCGGAGAGCCCGUGGUGAUGUUGGCAAGGCAGUUGCUUGGGACCUCAUGCAGGGCGGCGCUAGGAUCGCUAGGAUCGGUGGAGGCUGCGUUGGGAGGUUUGAAGUCAGUAUGGGGAGGUAGCCAACAUUUUUGUUCUGCUCUUCCUAAGGAUGUAACUUACAGGGAACUAAAAAACCUACUGAACUCCAAAAAUAUUAUGUUAAUUGAUGUUAGAGAUGCAUGGGAAAUUCUUGAGCAUGGAAAAAUACCUGGAUCAAUCAACAUACCAUUGGAUGAGGUAAAGGAAGCUCUACAGAUGAACCCAAGAGACUUCAAAGAGAAGUACCAUGAAGUGAAGCCAUCCAAAUCUGACAGUCUAGUGUUUUCUUGUUUCGCUGGAGUAAGAAGUAAGAAGGCUAUGGACACGGCAUUAUCACUGGGUUUUAACAGUGCUCAGCACUAUGCUGGAGGCUGGAAGGAAUGGGUAACCUAUGAAAUGUCAGAGAAGAAACAAGAAAAUUGAAAUUUGGAUGAAGCAAAAGAAAACGCCAGUCUUGGCACCAAAGGCUGAUGGAUUCCGUAUAACUGUGGCAACUGGUCUCCUCAUCUGUUCCCCUGAACUUCAGAGGACUGAGAUAAUAUGAACUACCAGUGAAAUCUACAGAUUCUACAGGGAAUUUUUAAGUAGUAGGUAUUCCAAAAGAUCAGGUUACUUCUAUUAUCCAAUCCAGUGGAAUCAUGCUAAAAGCAAAAAUAGUGUGUAAACAAGCAUUUACAGCAUUUGAAGACUUAUGGAAAUGUGUGGCUACAAUAGUACCAAUGUAAUUCAUUUUAAAAAUUAAUGUGAGGAUACAAAUUUAAUGGGUUAUGACUGUGGAAGGCAAACAUAACUGAAAGAGGUCAUGAAAUUUUGUAGGAUAGUAGAGAUGAUCUGUUGCAUGACUGAAAUAUCAGAUGUGUGUCAAAACUUAUCAAAGCAAACAACAAAGGUAUGUGUUCUUUUACAAGUAAUAUACCUCAAUUUAAAGACCAAUAAAACAAAUAUUUAUCC